AGCGGAAGCGGCGGCUCAGUCAGGCUCGCGGCCUUCGCAGGGGAAGGAGGGAGCAGCAGACGCAGUCCCGGCCGUUAGCGAGUCCGCCCGCCCGCCCGCCAGCAUGCCCAGGGGUAGCAGGAGCCGCACGUCCCGCAUGGCGCCCCCGGCCAGUCGUGCACCGCAAAUGAGAGCUGCAGCCCCGCCCCCUGCAGCUCGUGCUGCAGUACCAGCACCUGCCCCUGCAUCUGCAGUGGCGUCUCCUGGUGCUGCACCAAGGCAGCCUGGUCUGAUGGCACAGAUGGCUACAACAGCUGCAGGAGUAGCAGUAGGCUCAGCUGUAGGACACACGCUGGGUCAUGCCAUGACAGGAGGAUUUGGUGGAGGAAGCAACUCUGAAGCUGCAAGGCCUGACAUUACUUACCAGGAGCCUCAAACAGCCCAGCCUGCAUACCAGCAGCAGUCCCAGUACCCCCCCUGCCAGUAUGAAAUGAAGCAGUUUUUGGAGUGUGCACAGAACCAGAGUGACCUCAAACUGUGCGAGGGCUUCAGCGAGGUGUUGAAGCAAUGCAGGUUUGCUAAUGGUUUAUCCUAAUCAAAUUCUACAGAAUGAAGAAGCUGAAAAUGAGCAUUCAAAGAUCUGAAAUUGAAAGAUGCUUCAGUAGUAAACUUCUAAAGUUAUCUGUGACAUCUUGUUAGUUCAUAUAUUCACAACUGAAUGCCCAAACCUUGACAAAACUUAAAGGGUCCUUUAGAUUUUUCUGCCACAUUGAUAAACAUGCUGGAUUGUAACAGGAUAGUUCUAAAUGAGAGAGCAGGGGAGGGAGUUGUAUAAGAUUCUGAAGAUGGGCAAAAUAUUUCAAGGGGCCUAAUCAAACUAGUUGUUCUGUGAUUACAUUGCUGUUGAUGUGCAAAUGUGAGACUAAGACUAAAUAAAAUUCUCAAUGUUUAAAGUGUG